GGCCGACCUCAUUGAAGAAUCCAACUAACAUACACCCAACUCACAAUCUUGGUCUAUUAAAUAGCCCCCCAUAAAGACCAAAAGCAUAAAAAGAUCUUAGAUAACAAAGUCGUGUGUGCUCUGUGAACCAGAAAGAUUAGACGAAAAGGGAGAGAUCAAUGGAGGAAGAAUACAUAAGAGUAGUAAACAUCACAGUGAUUGGAGUAAUCUCAUGGGGUCUCAUGUUCAUUAUCAUCCGACGAAUCUUCUCAAAGUUUUCCUUCGACUUCAGCACUCGUCUUGUCUCGACAGUUCACGCAACAGUCGCUGUCGUUUUAGCAGCACUCUCGAUUCAAGAUUGGUCUUGUCCUGUUUGUCCCAUUGCUUCAACCUCAUCUCUCCGGCAGAUGGAAACGUUGGCAUUUUCAUUGUCAUACAUGAUCUACGACCUCCUAUGUAGCCACUUUGAUCAAGCCAUUAGUAUUGAUAAUGCGGUUCAUCAUUCUGUCUGCAUUCUUGGUUUUGUAGCUGGACUUUUCUACCGAAAGUGUGGAUCCGAGAUGGUGGCAGCAAUUUGGAUAACUGAGAUAUCGAGUCCGUUUCUUCACCUCAGGGAGAUUCUUAAAGAGAUUGGUUAUAGAGACACCGAUCUAAAUCUUGCAGCCGAUGUGUGUUUUGCAACAAUCUUCUCGUUGGCCAGAAUGGUGGGUGGACCAUACCUCGUUUACAUAACAAUAUCAGCUGAUAAUCCUAUUCUCAUCAAGGCAAUGGCGUUGGGGUUACAACUUGUGAGCGCAUUCUGGUUCUAUAAAAUCCUCAAAAUGAUGAGAUACAAAUUAACUAAAAGAUCAAAAUCUAACAAAAAAUCUACUUAGUUUAAAUUCUAUAAAAUUCUAUUAUGCAAUACUGCAAAAGUGCAAAUUUUAUGUGUUCUUCUUAUAACCUUUGUAUGAAUGGAUGGUGAAACAAGGAUUUUUUCUAGGUCUAAUUAUGCAAUGAAUGUAUGAUGACAUGCAAACAGAGACAUAAAUAGUGAUGAUCAGAAUGUAUGCAAGGUGUUUCAAUACCUUUAUGAUGUUGUAGCAUAAAGGAUGUCAAUCCAUAAAGAGUGUGAUAUGUAAGCA